UUCCCAUCUCGCACGACCAAUGAAAGGUCUCACAACGUAUGUUAGGAUUGACGCCAAAAAGUUUGAUACUGGCAACGAAUCCCGCAAGAUUUUACUAAAGUAGACGGCGAUACAUCCGACGGAUGAGUGACCCAUCUGUCUUUGAAAGCGCAAUACAUUUUCUCUGCUGAAUUGUUCUAGGAGAAGUUUAUCUCAUCAGAGUUAAAAGUUAGAGCAGAGGAGCAGCGCUUCAUAUUGGCGAGACGCUAUUUUGGCAACGUGCUGUUUUGGAGGAAAAAGGAGGGACGCUCACAAACCCAGCCCCAGGGGUAGCCAGUGGUGAUUCCGACGAACAAGCAUCAGGCUUCCUAAACAGAGGCAGGCCUUGGUCCUCCACUGCCCCUCCUACGGCAAAGGCAGCCCAACACAGAGUACAAAAUAUGGGGGAUGUGCAGCUUGUGACUACAACGCGGAUCUCCAAGACCAGCUUGACAUUAGGCCGAGGUUCUCCAAGUCCGGAGUCUCCAACCUUCACUCUCCCACCCCGCAAUGCCCGGGUCAGCCCAGGAGAGACCGCACGCCUUGAUGGGAAGGUGAGAGGACACCCUGAGCCCCAGGUCAUGUGGUCCAGGAAUGGGAAAGCGGUGAUAGCUGGAGAGCGCUUCGCCAUGGAACAAAGUAGCCGUGGAACCUUCAGCCUGGUGGUCCACGGUAUCCAGGAGGAGGAUGCGGGACGUUACACGUGUGAGGCAGUCAACGAUGCCGGAAGUCGCAAGGUCACAGUGGAGAUCACUGUAGAAGGGAACACGGGGAAGAAAUACAGCCUCCCCUCCUCCAGUAGAACAGGCGGGCGGUUUGGAGUUCCAGCGGUGGAGAGCAGGCCCAGUAUUUGGGGGGAGAGCCCCCCCAAGUUUGUGACAAAACCCUCACGUAUUUUUGUCAGAAUGGGACAGACUGGCAAAUUCUCGGCCAAAAUCACAGGACGUCCACAGCCCCUGGUUACCUGGCUCAAAGGAGAUGAGGCGCUCCAUGCUUCUCCCCACUUCAACAUGUUUGAGAAGUCCGGAAUCCACUUCCUGGAGAUCCGAGACGUGUGUGUAGACGAUGCAGGAAUGUACACCUGCUCUGUAGCCAACAGUGCUGGGAAGGCCACGGCUACAGCGGAGUUGAUCGUUCAGGGUUCAGGCUGUGACUCGGGCAUCCUGAGUCCCUCGGCUCUGGUAGCACCUGUCCCAAAGACAACUGACUCACCUGAAGUCAAGCGCACAAGUAAUGGCCUGCUCGCAGACCAACGAUCCCCUGCCAAAACAGGAGACGGGACUGAGACCAGGCUCACCACUCUCACCAGGGAGACCAAAGACAGCACAGAGAUCAAAACUCCAGCAUGGAAGACCAGCGCAGCAUCUCCCAAGACCACCGUCGUGACUUCUCCCAAGCCUCCUGCGGACCUGCCAGACAAAGCCCCUAGAAAGCCUGGUGUCUCUCCCCCCAAGACUGCCAGCUCCACAACCCUGCAGCACCACCUGGGAGGCCAGGGCGCUGCAAGGACCAGCCCUCACCCCCAAAGCAGAGCCCCUGAGAGGGAUACAAGAGAUCCGUUGAAACCCCCCCCAAAGGGAGUCCCAGAGCCGUCUCCAGAGCCCACCAGAGAGACCAGAAGGCAGACCAGAGAGAGCCGGUCAGAGAGGGCAGCAGUGACUGCAGGAGCUCAACCCAAAUUGGACUCUGUACCUCAGAGCCAGGAUGCUACGGAGGGGAACUCAGUCACAUUCAAAUGCCAAGUCUCAGGUUCUCCUGUGCCUGGCCUGAGCUGGGUUAAAGAUGGCCUCCCUUUGAGACCCAGAGCAGGGCUGACCUUCCAGCAGGACGGCAACACACACAUCGUCACUGUGACCAACGUUCAGAAGAGGGACAGUGGAACUUAUGGAUGCACCAUGACCACCAGCACUGGGAAGGUUUCUUCUACUUGGAUCCUCGGUGUCAAGAACCCAUGGCAGGAGGGCAAGCCCCCUGCAUUCAGCACAGUCCUGAAGGGAUGUUCAGUGAGUGAGGGCCAGGACUUUCUUCUGCAGUGCUCAGUGGAUGGAAAGCCUCGACCUGACCUCUCCUGGCUCCUAAACGACAAGCCCAUGCCGUACGCCCGCUCUUCCUUUGAGAAUGGCCUGGCCCAACUCACAGUCCAGGGCGCCCUGCCAGAGGACGAGGGCCAGUAUACUUGUAUUGCUGAGAACAUCCAUGGGAGAGCCGUGUGCACUGCCAAAGUCAUCAUCAAAGCUAAGAAAAGUGCCAAGAGGACGGACCCUCCAAAUGCAGUCGACACCAAGAAGCCAUCGGCCCCUGUAUUUCUCAGAGGUCUGAAGGAUCUAAAAGUCAUGGACGGUAGCCAAGUCAUCAUGACUGUGGAGGUGACAGGGAAUCCUCAUCCAGAGAUUGUGUGGCUCCACAAUGGGAAGGAGAUCCAGGAGUCUGAGGACUUCCACUUUGAGCGGAAGGGGAACCAAUGCAGUCUGUUCAUCCAGGAAGUCUUCCCUGAGGACACUGGGAAAUACACCUGUGAGGCGUGGAACAAAGUAGGGGAGGUUCGCACAGAGGUCUCACUCACUGUACAAGAGCCCCAGGACGGGGUCCAGCCCUGGUUCAUCACAAAGCUCAAGCCCACCACCGCCUACCUGGGCCAGAAUGUCCUGCUGUCCUGUGCCAUCGCUGGGGACCCCUUCCCUCAGUGGAGCUGGAUGAAGCAGGGCCAGGUGGUGAACACUGACCUGGACUAUGAGAUACUGCAGAAGGAGGAUGUGGUGUCCCUGCUCAUUAGACGAGUCCGGUCCCACCACGCCGGGGACUACGAGAUCAGCCUGAGGAACAAAGUGGGUGACUGCAGUUGUGUUGCCACUCUGGUGGUCAGUGAGGCUGCAGUGGUGUCCAGUGGAGAGCACCAAACCCCUGAGCCUUGUCAGCGUGUGGGAGGAGUGGACGGGACAGUGCGAGGCAGAGCACCACCAAGCAGCAGUUCCAUUCCGCAGCAGGGGUCAGAAGAGCCAAGCACAGCCCGGGGACUCUUGAAGAGGCGCGUGGAGACCAAGGAGCACCGCGAGGACCAGAUCCGUCUGCAGGAGGCUGAGCAGCGCGACUUCCGCACAGUGCUGGGCAGGAAAGUCACCACCAAGAGCGUCUCCGAGGAGGACCUGAAGGAGAUCACGGCGGAACAGAUGGACUUCAGGGGCCAGCUCCAGCCCAGAGGGGGCAAGCCCAAGACACUGUCUGAAGAUGAGAGGAAGGUCAACGCUCCCACGCAGGUGGACUUUAGAGAUGUGCUGGGGAAAAAAGGGGGCACCACCGCCACCUCCCCGAAACCAGGUACCGCUCCUACUGAGAAAGGAGAGCCUACAGAUUUCAGAUCGGUUCUGGCCAACAAGAAGAAUCAGACGAGCUUGGAGAAGAAUGGGGAGAGCCCUGCUCCAGAAGCAGCAACACCGAAAGCCCCUGCUGCCACUGAGAAGGAGAAGAACGCUAUCAACUGCGUGGCAGGUGGGAUUAUUGAUGAGAGUAACAACAUUGGAAAGGAGCCUUUGUUCAGUCAGAAGCUGAGUGAUCUGAGCGUGGUGGACGGGGCUUGCCUGAGGCUACAUUGCCAAGUGACCUGUGACCCCCCAGCUACUAUUACCUGGACUCUAGACGGGAAGGUCAUCAAGCCCUCCAAGUUCAUCAAGCUGUCCAACGAAGGAGGCCAGUGCUCCCUGACCAUCGACAAGGCCCUGCCCGAGGACGAGGGCCAGUACAAGUGCCGGGUGGAGAACUCGGCCGGUAAAGCAGAGUGUUCCUGCAUGGUGCUGGUGGAUGAUCCUACAGACACAAACUCGACAGCAGCUGACAAGAAGAGCAAGAAGCCAUCCAUCCCUACCUCCGAGAGUGAGGCAAGGAUAAAGAAACCGAAUACAAAGACUCCUCCCAAACAGGCUAUACCACCUCAGAUUGUUCAGUUCCCAGACGACAUGAAGAUCCUGGCAGGACAGAAGGUGGAAAUUCUCUGUAAGUUUGGAGGAGCUCCUCCAAUCAAAUGCAUCUGGCUCAAGUUCCGCAAACCAAUCCAAGAGGUCAAAGGUGAUUUAACCAUUGAAACCACUGAGUCCAACAGUAAACUGACCAUCGCUGACAGCCAGCAGGAGCACUGUGGCUGCUACACCGUAGAGUUGCGAAACAACUACGGCGUGAGACAGGCUGCUCUCAACCUCACCGUUGUUGACAAACCUGAUCCCCCUGCCCGUGUUCCAGCCGCCUCAGACAUCCGCCGCUCCACCCUCACGCUGUCAUGGUACGGCCCCACCUACGACGGGGGCAGCGCGGUCCAGUCUUACAACCUAGAGAUAUGGAAUUCUGUGGACAACGAGUGGAAGGAUCUGGUCUCCUGCAACAGCACCUUCUAUAAUGUUCACAAUCUGCUGGGUCAACGCCAGUACAAGUUCAGGGUGCGGGCUGUCAAUAUCUACGGUAUCGGCGAGCCCAGUGCAGAGUCUGAGCCUGUCACAAUGCUAGAGGAGGAUGUAGAGGAAAAGGAGGAGGUUGAGGAUGAUGAAGACAAGGAGCCAGACUACAGAGACGUGACCGUGAGAACAGACGUUAAAGUCAAGGAUCUGUACGAUGUGGAAGAGCGCCUCGGAACGGGGAAAUUCGGACAAGUAUUUAAACUUUUGGAGAAGGCAACAAAGAAGCAUUGGGCUGGAAAGUUUAUCAAAGCCUACUCUGCCAAAGAGAAAGAUAAUGUGAGACAAGAGAUUGCUAUAAUGAACUCCCUCCAUCACCCCAAACUUGUCCAGUGCAUUGAUGCCUUCGAGGGCAAGUCGGACAUCGUCAUGGUUUUGGAAAUGAUCUCUGGUGGGGAACUGUUUGAGCGUAUCAUCGAUGAAGACUUUGAGCUGACGGAGAGAGAGGUCAUCAGGUACAUGCUGCAAAUCGUGGAUGGGGUCCAUUACAUCCACAAGCAGGGCAUAGUCCAUCUGGACCUGAAGCCUGAGAAUAUCAUGUGUGUCAACAAGACUGGGAGCACCAUCAAACUCAUCGACUUUGGCCUCGCACGCAGACUAGAAAACUCUGGAACAUUGAAAGUUCUUUUUGGAACCCCUGAGUUUGUGGCCCCAGAAGUGAUCAACUAUGAAGCAAUCAGUUACCCAACAGACAUGUGGAGUAUAGGAGUCAUCUGCUACAUUCUCGUGAGUGGCCUGUCCCCGUUCAUGGGGGACAACGACAACGAGACCCUGUCCAACGUGACCUCGGCCACCUGGGACUUUGAAGACGACGCCUUCGAUGAGAUCUCAGACCACGCCAAAGACUUCAUCACCAUGCUGCUGAAGAAAGAUAUGAAGGCCAGACUAACAUGUGAUCGCUGCUAUGAACACCCAUGGCUAAAACAAGACACUGGCAAAAUGGAGGCCAAGAAGCUGUCCAAGGAAAGGAUGAAGAAAUACAUCCUGAGAAGGAAAUGGCAGAAAACGGGACAUGCAGUGCGGGCCAUAGGAAGACUGUCGUCCAUGGCGAUGUUGGCGGGCGUCAGUGCCAAGAAGGGCUCCCCUACCGAAGAGGACAACCAGUUCCUUGAGUUCCUGGAGUCUGAGGAGAGAACCCAGGUCAAGCCCACCUUCAGCUCCAUGAUAAAGGAUGUUGAAGUGGUAGAGGGGAGCGCAGCCAGAUUUGACUGCAAGAUUGAGGGCUACCCUGAUCCAGAGGUGGUGUGGUACAAAGACGAACAGCCCAUCAAGGAGACGCGCCACUACCAGAUUGAUUACGACGAGGAGGGCAACUGCAGCCUGGUGAUCUCCGAGGUGAACGGCGACGACGAUGCCAAAUACACCGUCAAGGCUGUCAACAGUCUGGGCGAGGCCACGUGCACAGCCGAACUCCUGGUGGAGGUGAUGGCGGAGGAGGAGGAGGAAGAAGAGGAAUGAGUGGUACAACCAGUACAAAACAAACCCAUAUCCCCUGUUUUUAGCUUUUACUAUCUUUUUUAAUAGCUGUGUUGGUAAUACACUCCCCUUCUCUGACACACUCUGAAAUGGGGGGGAGAGGGAAUGGGCUUCAUUACCUUUUGCUAUGAUUAUGCACUUUCCUACUUAUCAGUUAUAGUAGAUAUCAGAUGUUGAUAUUUCUAACAUUAACCGCAUUCCAGCUGUUUGUGUGUGAUCCAUUUAUUUGAUUUGCUAAAUUUACAGUAUCUACGGUUAUCUACGGUUUUCUCCCCUCAACCAAACAAACCCGAAGUCAGUGGCGUGUUUGUGGGUUGUUCCACCAAUUCGGUGCCUUUUGAGAAGUGUAACUUGGUCAACAUUUUUUUUUGUUUGUUUUUUUCACCCAAUGUUAACUUUGUCAUAGAGUGCACAUGUUCAACUUAAUAACAAACACAUUUUCCUAAGUGUGUAAGUGCCAAGUAAUGUAACACGGUUGACAAUUUCAUCUUAUAUCGGCCAUGAAUCCCCUAGUGACGGGGGGAAUGGAAGUUUGUGUGCAAGCUUCACAAAAACAUGUUUAAUUGUUAAACCAUUUCUAGCCUGUCUAUCUAUGCGUAACAGAGUUGAUGUGUUAUGGCUGACCCGCUCAGUUUUCCACCACAGGAGUAGAAACCAGCUCCCCUGCUUUUACACUAUGAUUUGAUUGUUAGAUGUUGAAUGUUUCUUUUUGAAAAUAAUAUUUUAAACAUUUAUAGUUUCACCAUUAUUUGAACGAGUUCAGUUCACGUAACAAGGUUGACCUUAAAAUGAGGGACAGACAUAAAGGAGUCACGAAUCACAUGACGUAAAGGAUCAUCUUCACAAAUGGCUUUGUCAAAGCGGCAAAAUAACUAAGGCUUUACAAUGAUGGUGAAAUGUUGGGGUUAAGUGGGUUCAAAUGUUCCUAGAAGUCAGAGGGUGCACAUCAUGGUACAUGUCAAAAUGCAGAAUUUAGCCACUUUAGCAAGUUAUUAUUUAUAUUAAAAAUCAGUGAUUUGAAUUGUCCAUGUGGUCUGUUAAAGGGCAGUUCAUUUAAUAUAACACAAGGGUCAAUUCAAUAUUGUUGACCAAUUUCUACUUAUAUAAAAAGGCAAUUUUGUGGAAUGACCCUUGUUUUAUCAGCAUUAUGGUAUUUGCAAUUACUUGGGCUUUUAGAAUGUUUUUUAAAUUAUUUAAGCACAGUCUUGUUGUCAUAUUUGAGCAUCAGUUUUGUGAUCUUUCCUGCAAGCACGUGUCCACCAUUAUUACACAUUUGCAAUACUAAACAGACCAGUGAAUUAUCACACACAGAUUUUUUUAUUUUGUAUUCGAUUGUGUGUAGAUUAUAUUUCUUCAAUUUUUAUAAAUGUAUCAGUAUGAGAGAUUACAUGUCAUGAGAACACUACAAGUGUAGUUGCUCACGGUUACAAAAUAAAUUAUCACAAAAUCAA